AUGCACCCAAUAACACACGCCGCACUGGCCGUCAAGUCGGUCACGGAUAACAAUUCGCAAGGGGCACUUAUCUUCCAAAACAUCAACUCAAGGCAAACUCUGUGGAAAUUCGAUGCUCAAAUCAGUGCAUAUAUACAGCUCCGGAUCGGCGAUGGUCGAAUCUUCCAGCCCCUCCUCCAGCGCACUUGUCAUUCGAAGGGAUACUUUAUCCAUCCGCCUCCCAGAGAGAUGGUUGUCGGUGCUGAUCAGCAACCCAGGGCUUUGGACACCUUGUUCUUCCCCGUGGCACUGUAG